AACUCCGUCUUCUCAUUGUUCUAUCGAAAUUUAUAAAAGGGACUAAUUGCUUUAAAUUCUUGAAAAGAAGACUCCCUUCGUCUUGCAUUAAACGGUUAGAUGAACUUGCUAAUCUGAAGUGCAAAAUUGCAUCUGAAAAGAUAAAACUGGGGUUUUACAAGACUUGCAUUAUUACACACACAUUUCCAAGGCAGUUUUAUAAAUCUUUGCGAUCCAAUAAGUUGCAUCCAAAUGUUUCUAAUCUUUUACGGCUUGCGAAAUCUCAUAAAGAAAAAUGUAAUGAUAUGAUAAAUAAGCUAAUCGAACUUCAUACUCAGGCAUCAUGUGUAUUAUCGAAUAUUUCUCUUAUAUGUCAUAUUUAAUUUAUGAAUUUUUGCAGUACAAUGGUGGCUAAAACAAAUUAUACCACUAAACAAAAGCUAAGUAAAUCUCUUAUGGAUGAUAAUGAUGGAAAUACAUUUCAAUUUAAACCUGAUAAAUAUGUAACAAAUCUAUCAAGUGUUAGACUUUCUGUAUUUGAAAAAGAAGCCCUAUCUCUCGGAUUUAAUUUCUCUGUUGCACAUACCAAGAUUUCUGAUCUAUCCAUAGAUGCUCAAUUCGAAAAUCUCUAUGAUCAGUUGAACCCUCUAGUCCCAACCACCCUAGAUAGGAAAAAUUGGUUAAAGGUGAAAUUGGUUGAUGUUGCCCACCACUUUCACGGAUCUCAAAUCAGACAAAGGAGUAUUUUAACUUCUAAACAUUUCGCCGCGUUAAACAACCUUCGAAGCAGGUCAGAUAUUGUGAUCCUCAGACCUGACAAAGGUUCAGGAGUAGUCGUUAUAAAUAAAUGUGAAUAUAAAGAAAAAAUGCUAUCUAUACUGGGUGACGAGAGUAAAUUCUUACCGGACGUUUUAUCCAAUAUUAAUGUUAGAAAAUUGGAAUCCAGAGUGAAAUCCAAUCUAUUAAAGCUUCUUAAAAUGAACGUCAUAAACACUGAGGAGUUUAAUGUAUUAAAACCUUCGGGUUCUGUUCUCCCGAAUUUAUAUGGACUACCUAAAGUUCAUAAACCUAAUAUUCCAUUACGACCAAUUUUAUCUAUGCGCGGUUCACCCACACAUGAGCUAGCUAAAUGGCUUGUAAAAUUGUUAAACCCAAUUCGUAUUAAACUAUGUAAGUUUUCCUUAAAAGAUACAUUUGAACUGAUUGAUCUUCUUGGGGACAUUAAUAUUAAAGAUAAGUCUUUGUAUUCUUUUGAUGUUCCGUUAACAAAGACGGUGGAUUUCCUUUGUGACUAUAUUUCUAAAAAUUUUUCCCUUUUUCCUAUUCCGUUAUCAUUGUUGAAAGAAUUACUUUUGUUAUGUACUGCUAAUGUUCAAUUCACGUUCGAUGGUGAAUAUUUUCGGCAAGUUGAUGGUGUAGCUAUGGGUAGCCCUUUGGGGCCUCUCCUAGCUGAUGUAUUUAUGUCAUAUGUAGAAAACAGGACGAGUGAGCUUAUUAGUGAGGUAACUCUAUAUAGAAGAUACAUGGACGAUAUUCUAAUUAUAUGUGCUAAAGACUUUGACGUUUACGGAUUAUUGGAUAAACUCAAUAGUGUUCAAGAUGAUAUCGUGAUGACACAUGAAGCAGAAAGUAAUGGCAAAUUGGCUUUUUUAGACAUACUUUUAAGUCGAAGGGAUGAUGGUACUAUUAGACGGUCAGUGUAUAGGAAACCUACCUGGACGGGACAAUACUUAAAUUUCCAUAGUUUUUGUCCAUUGCAAUACAAGCGAGGCUUGGUUAAGCGUCUCUUUAAAAGAACUCAAAGGAUUUGUACAUCUGACACGGUGGAAAAAGAUGAAAAGUUACUGACUGACACAUUAAUAGCAAAUGGUUAUCCAUUAAAUUUUAUUAAUAGGUGCAAAAGUCAGUUAAUACCAAGACCUCUUGUUUAUUCGGUUCCAAAGAAAAAAGUUUACAUCAAUCUAUCAUAUAGAGGUGAAUCUAAUAGCAUAGUUUUAAGACAGAGAUUGAAAGCAGCGAUCGAGAACACCUAUUAUGCUGCUCAAUUGAUUGUGAUUGAAAAGUCCAAGGCCAUGAUUCCUAGUACACCCAGACAAUGCACCAAUGAUUACGUCACAUCCCAUUGUAUUUACCAAUUUACAUGUUUGUGUGGACACACAUACAUAGGGAGGAGUAAUCGAACAAUGCAAUCAAGGGUCAAUGAACAUGUGCCUAAAUGGCUUCAAAAUCAAUGUGUGUCAAACGAUCCGAUCAACGUGGGUGGUAGAAAACCAGGGUCAUCGAUAGCGAAACAUAUAAUUGAAACGGGGCACAAAAUUGAUAUUAAUGCAGCUUUUAAAACGUUGUAUAGAAAUUGUCAAGGACGAAUUCUUAAGUUUAUAGAAGCCUUGGCUAUUCGUAAAUUUAAGCCCCCUUUAUGUGCACAAAAACAAUUUGUCGUAACCUUGAAUUUACCUUGGUAAUCCUUGAGUCAUUCUAUGGCCUAGGAUAAUGCGACAAUUUCCCCUUUGUUAUUUUUGUUUGUACUUUAACUUUCAUGUAAUUGACCUUUAUUAAUUUUCAUAUAAAAUGCCCUGACAAGUAUAUGUGUGACCAGAUUGUUCGAAAUGUAUAGCGCAAAUACAUCACAUUUUUCAGAUCA